GGACUGACAAGAUGGCGAUCAUUUUAGAAACAGAGGAGUUACUGCCAUGAAGGAGAGGCUCGACACCACCAUGCCCUGGAAGGGUCCCAGUUCUCAGCUAACCAUGGUCACCAUGGUGAUAUGAAGCUAGUGUGAAACAUUGACACGCACACCCAGACUCACACAGACUGUCAGUUAUUGACUGACACAGUCAGCCAGCUCGGUGGGCAGGCGUGUGUAAUGGACAGGUGUAAGCAUGUUGGGCGGCUGCGGCUGGCCCCAGACCACUCCAUCCUCAACCCCCAGAAGUGGCACUGCGUCGACUGCAACACCACCGAGUCCAUAUGGGCCUGCCUGGGCUGUGCUCAUGUGGCGUGCGGGCGCUACAUCGAGGAACAUGCUCUGCAGCACUUCCAGCAGCAGCACCACCCGUUGGCUAUGGAGGUUAAUGAACUUUAUGUUUUUUGUUAUUUGUGUGACGACUAUGUCCUGAAUGAUAACGCCACCGGAGACCUCAAGCUGCUUCGUAGUACACUCAGCGCCAUUCAGAGCCAACGCUACGAGGUUACAACCCGCAGUGGGCGCACCCUCCGCUCUGCUAGUGCUGCCCCUGACGCCCUCAUGCCAUCUGGUGCCCGCGAGCUGCAGCUGAGAGACGAGGACAGGAUGUUUACUGCCCUCUGGCACCGCCGCAGGGCGCUUAUGGGACGUGUCUUUCGCUUCUGGAUUGGACUGACUGAAUGUGGACAGAAGAGGGAGGAGGAGGAGAGGAAGAGAGAGGAGGAGGAGGAGCAGAAAAGGGAGGCGAGGGAGAGGAGGAGGGCUCUAAAGAGGCAGCUACAGGAGGAGCUGGGGAAUGCUCCUUUGAGGAAGAGUCGGCGUUUACGUCGGAAGCGCCAGAGAGUUGCAGAUGCGGCAGUUACAACGCCAUCUCAGAACAACAAGGCGAAAACCCCUGUGCCCCAGAUUCCCACCCGCAGGCCACGGACUCAAAGUCCUGUCGCUGCUACCCCCAAAAAAGCUAGACGGACAAAAAAGGUCCAACCAACUACCAAGCUCCGGAGCCGCUCCUCUACCACCAAAUCAAAGCCCAAAACGCCCUCAGCGACCCCACGUACUGCCCAAACACCUUCCCGCCGCAAGCAGAGUACCAAACAGGGUGGCUCCCCCUUUAAGCGGCGUCCCACAGUCACCCCCGGAGUGACAGGCCUUAGGAAUUUAGGAAACACCUGUUAUAUGAACUCCAUCCUGCAGGUGCUGAGUCACCUACAUGUCUUCAGGGAAUGCUUUCUGCGCCUGGACCUCACCCAGGCACUGGAACUACUGGCAUCUGCCGUCCACGGUCAACUGGCAGGGAAGGCCUCAUCCCAGUCCCCCCUCCUGUCCCAGAGGAAGGGACCCCAGAGCAGCUCAUGCUCUGGGGCAGGGCUGAGUGGCGGGGCAUCACGGGCCCGCAGCAUGGAGCUGAUACAACCCAAAGAGCCCAGUUCAAAGCACAUUUCUCUUUGCCACGAGCUGCACACCUUGUUCCAGGUCAUGUGGUCCGGAAAGUGGGCGCUGGUAUCACCUUUUGCCAUGCUCCACUCGGUGUGGCAGCUGAUCCCAGCCUUCAGGGGCUACGCUCAGCAGGACGCUCAGGAGUUCCUGUGUGAGCUGCUGGACAAGGUGCAGCACGAGCUGGAGAGCACCGGCACGCACACGACCAGCGCAGGAGUCCCACAGACACAGAAACGACUCAUCAAGCAGGUGCUCAGUGUGGUCAACACCAUCUUUCAUGGCCAGCUUCUCAGCCAGGUGACGUGCCUGGCGUGCGACCAUCGCUCCAACACUGUGGAGCCUUUCUGGGAUCUGUCUCUGGAGUUCCCCGAGCGGUAUCACAGUAAUAGCAGGGAGUCGGCUGCACAGGCUUCGUGCCAUUUGACGGAAAUGCUGGCCAAGUUCACAGAGACUGAAGCGCUGGAGGGAAACAUCUACGCCUGUGACCAGUGUAACUCUGUUCGACGCCGGACCUCCUCCAAACCAGUCACGCUGACUGAAGCACAGAAAAAGUUGAUGGUCCACAAACUGCCUCAGGUCCUGCGGCUUCACCUCAAACGCUUCAGGUGGUCUGGGCGGAACCACCGGGAGAAGAUCGGAGUCCACGUCAGCUUCGACCAGCUCCUCAACAUGGAGCCCUACUGCUGCCGGGAGCCGUCGCCCAAAGGCGUGCCCUGCUCCAGUCCCAGCAGCCCCGGCUCCGCAGGCUCACCGCGCCCCAAGCACUUCCUCUACGAACUCUCCGCUGUGGUGAUGCAUCAUGGGAAGGGCUUCGGUUCCGGCCACUACACUGCCUACUGCUACAACACAGAAGGAGGCUUCUGGGUUCACUGUAAUGACUCUAAGCUGAAUGUGUGUUCAGUGGACGAGGUCUGCCGAGCUCAGGCCUACAUCCUCUUCUACACACAGCAAGUAACUCAGGACAAAGACCGGCCGCUAUAGGACCACAAUCCCCCUCCUCCUCCUCCGCUGCAGCCUGACCACUCAGCGAGACGAUAUCAGCACAGCCCCACCUUUCACUCUUUCUCUUCCCUCUCUGUCUUUGGGCAUUUUAUAUCCUGGGAGGAUGGGUGGUGUUUUUAGUCUAUUUUUCUAAAUAAGGAAAAAAAAAAGAAAAAGAGGAGGACUACUUUUUAAAACCUGGUUCUGCUUUGUGAACUUCUUGUAUAUGGUGUUUAUAUGUAGGUAUUUUAAAAAAAAAAUGGUGAUGUUUGUGUUUUGUGUACAGUUGUAUUUUUUAUUAUAAAGAAGAGAGUAUCAGCCAAGUUGUGUCUCAGUAGCAGCCAACAGACUGGCUGGGUAUGACUACACACAUACAAGUGUCCUCUACAGGUCGUACAGGUGUAUUCACGUGUCUGCCUACCUGCGUUGGUGGCUUGUUGAUUGUAAAUUCUGUUUUGUUUAAAUCAACUGAAAUGUUUCUCAGUCACUUUAGAUAGUCAACACAGAACUGGAUGUAGGGUUGUACAAUGUCAUUCACUUUCUAGAAAUGGCCUCCCUGUGUUUUAGACAGGUAAAUGUUUGGACAGGUGUUAACAACAUGGCUGCAUUUAACCAUAUUCCUGCCAGAAAUGCACUAAUUAUUACAGAACAGGUCAUCAGUGUUGUUUUGUUUUUUUUUCUUUUUACUCAGACUCAAUGUCGGUUCAUAGUUAAAAGAUCUGUACACAAGCAGGACAGGAAGUUUAUUUUCACUCUGAAGUAAACCUCGGUCUGUCAGGAAAAGAAUUGGCAGACCUCAAGCCAAAGCCUUGGGGGAAUGUUUGGAAAAAACUCAGUAUUUCCAAAACGGUUCAAGGUUGUUUUUUUUCCUUCCUUUUUCUGACUGAUUGAGGAAAAAGAAAAGCUUCCAAAGGGAUUUUUUUUUUGGGGGGGGGGGGCUAAAUACUGCCACCUCUCUGCUUCAGAAUGUAAUUGUUUUCAGAGUCUGAACCAACCAGACAGAUACUAGUGUGCUAGAAAAGUGCCCUUUUGUUGAAGAAGAAAAAAAAAACAAAGAUAUAUUUUUAUAGAUCAUAUCAGUUAAACAACGUGGAAUCUGCACAGCUGCAAUCCCACACGAACCAGCAUUUAGAUGAUGAAUGUAUUUUUAUACAAUCCUUCUCAGAGGUUUUAGAAAAGAGGCCAUUGACUGUUUUUAAAGUUUUAUACAACCGCUAUUUGUUCAACACCACCAGCAGUUAUGACAGAUUUCACUGUUCACCAUGAAUUAGGUGUGUGUACUGUAUUUGUACAUGACUGUGUUUUAUUUACCAGCUGUUCAGUAAAAUAUACAGAUUUCUACAGUGUAUACAGAUUGUGAUAUUUAUCUCCAUACUGGAGAAAAAACAUGAAUCUCCACCUCAAUCGUGUUCCCUCUGGAUUUAUCCAUCAGGGGGAAAUUCAAAGCACACUUCAUAUUGUUUUUCCUUCAUUGUGAGACAUUGUUGGCAUUUUCUUACUACUACAUGGGUGUGUGUGUGUGUAAAUUUAUGGAAGUUAUACUAUGCAAAUUGUUACCUCAAUUUUUUUCUAGAGAAAAUUACCUCAAUAAAUGAGAAUAUUUUUUCAUUUUUCUACAAAAAGGUGCCAGUCUCUUGCUUUUUCUCAUCAAGAAGAGGAAGCUAGCCAAG